GUUGAGAUGAAAAAGAGUCAUAGUAGUUUGAGACAAAUGAACGGAAUUUUGGGCUGAUUUUCAUUACAGACCCAAAGUCUCUUUGUUCCUUCCCGCCAAGUCGCCAACCUCCACAAAACCCUAGCUAGCCUCAUUUAUCUCUUAAACCCCUUACCCCCAUUUCUCAGUUACAGACUUAUUUCAUAAAAAAAAAAUUCCUCUCUAAUGGAAUCCCAAACCGUAAAAUCGAACAUAGUUCUGAUCCUAGAUUACGGUUCCCAGUACACCCACCUCAUUACUCGUCGAAUCCGGAGCCUAUCCAUCUUCUCCCUCUGCAUUUCCGGCACUUCCUCACUCAAAUCCAUCACCGAUUUAAACCCAUCUGUAAUAAUCCUCUCAGGUGGCCCUCAUUCGGUCCACUCCCCCGAUGCACCUUCUUUCCCAGAUGGAUUUGUGGAAUAUGUUGAAAAAAACGGUGUUUUUGUAUUGGGGAUUUGCUAUGGUUUGCAGUUGAUUGUACAGAAAUUGGGUGGUGAGGUUGCCAUUGGAGAGAAGCAGGAGUAUGGUAGAAUGGUGAUUGAGGUUGUAAAAGAUUGUGGCGGGUUGUUCGGGGGUAAGAAGAUUGGUGAUAAACAGGUCGUUUGGAUGAGCCAUGGCGAUGAGGCUGUGAAGCUGCCUAAUGGAUUCGAGGUGGUUGCGAGGAGCGAGCAAGGAGCGGUGGCGGCGAUGGAGAAUCCCAACAAGAGGUUUUAUGGUCUCCAGUACCAUCCAGAGGUAACACAUUCACCAGAGGGAAUGGAAACAUUGCGACAUUUUCUUCUCAAUAUUUGUGGAGUUGAAGCUGGUUGGAAAAUGAAAGAUGUAAUGGAGGAAGAAAUAAAAGUGAUAAGAAGUAUGGUCGGGCCUCAAGAUCAUGUUAUAUGUGCAUUAUCCGGAGGUGUAGAUUCAACUGUUGCAGCCACUCUUGUCCACAAAGCAAUUGGCGACAGGCUGCACUGUGUUUUUGUUGAUAACGGUUUGCUAAGAUACAAGGAACAAGAACGUGUGAUGGAAACAUUUGAAAGAGAUCUUCAUCUACCUGUUACCUGUGUUGAUGCAUCUGUGCAAUUUCUCAGUGAGUUGAAAGGUGUUACUGAUCCUGAGAAGAAGAGGAAAAUCAUCGGGAAGGAAUUCAUUGCAAUCUUUGAUGCUUUUGCUAAUGGUUUACAGAAAAAAUUUGGAAGGAAACCUACUUACUUGGUUCAAGGAACUUUGUAUCCAGAUGUAAUUGAAUCUUGCCCACCUCCGGGAAGUGGAAGGACCCACUCCCACACAAUUAAGAGCCAUCAUAAUGUUGGUGGGCUCCCUAAAGAUAUGAAGUUAAAGCUCAUUGAACCACUUAAGCUUCUAUUUAAGGACGAGGUUCGUGAAUUGGGUAAGAUUUUGGAUGUCCCGGUGUCGUUUUUGAAGCGCCACCCAUUUCCGGGGCCAGGGCUUGCUGUGAGGAUUCCUGGUGAUGUCACUCAAGGAAAUGCAUUGGAUAUUCUUCGCCAAGUGGAUGAAAUCUUUAUCCAAGCAAUUAAAGAUGCUGGGAUUUAUGAUGAAAUAUGGCAAGCAUUUGCUGUGUUUUUGCCUGUAAAAACAACUGGUGUUCAAGGAGAUCAAAGAACUCAUUCUAAUGCAGUUGCACUUAGAGCUGUUACAAGUCAAGAUGGCAUGACAGCAGACUGGUAUUACUUUGAGCAUAAGUUCCUAGAUGAUGUUUCAAGAAAGAUUUGCAACAGCGUUCGUGGUGUCAACCGAGUUUGUCUAGACAUUACAUCCAAGCCUCCAUCCACAAUUGAAUGGGAAUGAGAAUGAGAAUGAAUCAAUCUUUCAACAAUUCCUAGACUUGUUUAUGUUUAUGCAGCAAGCAUCUAGAUUCUUGUUAUAGGUAAUGAAUUUUCAAUUUUGUAUUGGGUACAA